CCCCGCUUUAUCACUUGCUAGAGUGCUUAACAGCACAAAGAUAGAACGGACCAUUGAUUGAACGUUUCCGAAGGAGAAACGGAAUAAUCCGGGCUGAAAUGGCCUCGCUAGGAGAACCUGUCCGGUUGGAAAGAGAUAUUAACCGAGCCAUUGAACUGCUGGACAAGCUUCAGAGAACGGGAGAGGUCCCCCCGCAGAAACUCCAGGCACUCCAGAGGGUUCUGCAGAGCGAAUUCUGCAAUGCCGUCCGUGAGGUGUAUGAGCAUGUGUAUGAGACGGUGGACAUCAACAGCAGCCCAGAGGUGCGAGCCAGUGCCACAGCCAAGGCGACGGUGGCGGCGUUUGCGGCGAGCGAGGGCCACUCCCACCCGCGCGUGGUGGAGCUGCCCAAGACGGAGGAGGGCCUGGGCUUCAACAUCAUGGGGGGCAAGGAGCAGAACUCGCCCAUCUACAUCUCACGCAUCAUCCCCGGGGGCAUCGCCGACCGCCACGGGGGACUCAAGAGGGGCGACCAGCUGCUCUCCGUCAACGGAGUGAGUGUGGAGGGCGAGCACCAUGAGAAGGCGGUGGAGUUGUUGAAGGCGGCCCAGGGCACGGUGAAGCUGGUGGUCAGGUACACCCCCAAAGUCCUGGAGGAGAUGGAGUCACGCUUCGAGAAGAUGCGCUCUGCCAAGCGCCGCCAACAGAACAACUACCCCCAGUAGCAUGCCCUUACUCAGUGAAUCUCUCUCUCUCUCUCUCUCUCGCUCUCUCUCUCUCUCUCCCUCCUCAAACUCAGUCCCUCUAGUUCCUGUCUCUCUCUCUCUAUCCCUCCUUCUGCCAUCUGGCCUGUUCUUUCCUGUCUUCCGCAGAGCUCACACUUUCUCUUUUUCUCUCUCUCUUUCUCUCUCUCUAUCUCUCUCUCUAUCUCUCCAGCCAGGGAUUGUAGCCGUGUGUAAUAUGGCGCACCUCGCAUCUUUCUUUCUUUCUGAAAUUUUGUAAAAAUCCACAACACCUGAAUUUUUAACUUUCACACACAUGUACACAUAUGUAGUUAGUAGUCGAUGUAGACCUGCUAUGUUUCCUCAUGUAAUCAUGCUCUCCUCAACACAGAAAAACACACACAUGUACACAUGCAUCAAUUUGAAGAUUGUACUAUUUUUUACAAGAUGUAAUUUUAAAAAAAGAGUGGUGGGAAAUUUGUUAUUGAACUUGCGUUUGAGGGAUAAACAAAAUAAAACAUAUUUGGGUCAGCCACUUAUUAUACA